CACCUAACGAAAACUCGUAUCUUCCUGAACGUACCAGGUAUUCAUUCCACUAAUGAUGCAGUUCAAUUGUCGACCCCGAUCCGACUAGCCCAUGGAGAAGUCCGAUUUCUCGCCGGUAAUUGAUAACCUGCAAUCGCCUCUGAGCUUCACCAACACGCUCACUUCAGUCCGGAGCCGGCGAGACUUGCCAUCACUUCGGCAGCCAUAUCGACAUUCAGUCUCAGCAGACCAAUUCACUGCCUCACGGACAGUCAGAGAGUUCAAGCCACACCGACAGCGAUGGCGACUGUUCGCUCAAGGGUUUCGACAGUGGUUUAUCACCGUACUUCUAUGCGGUCUGCUGGCAGCAUGUCUGGGCAUAUUUGGCCGUCUGCUCUUCAUGACGGUGCCACAGAUCAAGGCGUUCAACGCCCUGAUCGUCCUCCUGUCCAUGUUUCUGGGUAAUAACCUCACUAGUUCGUUCCGAGAGAUGGCCAUGUUGUUGCGCUGGAGGAUUCUCAGCACCACUUACCGCGGUCUCAACGAGUUUGACCUCAUCAUGCACUGCGAGAGUCUCCGCAAAGUUAUUCGGCUGGCCUACGUCGCCAGGACGAAAGGGCAGCCGUGGCUCUGGCUGAACAAAACCCAGGUCUUGUGUCUGACCUGGAUUGCAGUCAAUGUGGUGUUGCAGGUUCUGAUCGCGUUGCUGGGGCUGACAUACAACCUUGAUACGUCCAGUUAUCCAGCCCGCAAGUUCGGCGAGAUCAGCAUCGCCAACUUCACCAUCAUCCGUGACGUCUGGGGAUCGGAAACAUCCUCUAUGAGCGCCCAGUUCGGCUCGGCCAACUCCUACGGCAUUCAGGGGCAGGAUUAUCUUUAUGUGGACAUUCCGCCGCCAGGCCAAGGCAAUAUUCCCAGCUACGGCAAGCCAGGGACCCCGACCAUCUACGCUAAUGAAGAAUAUACGACUAUGACCUACAUUUUUCAAGAUUUGAACAUCCAGCGGCCCGAUAUUAGCCUGCUCUCACAUCGAAAUGUUUCGGUGAAUGCAAGCUGUAUUUCUCUUCCUAUUUUGGAAGGCGGGAACGGAAGUAGCUCCAUAUUCACAUAUCUUGACGAAGACGAUCAACGGCAGACACUUGACGUGGUACGGACUGGGCUAGGUGCCACGACAUAUGUUGGAAUUCUCAACGUAACGUGUGGACCGCGUUGCGCCGAGAUCUGGGUCCUGCAGAGCUCCAACGGUGAUACUAUACCCAAGCCAUCCUUUUUCAAAUGCCAGAAUACCAUGACGCCGAUGCUCGGAAUCCAAGAAUAUCUCAUAGGCAACGCAACAGAAGAACUAUAUCAAAUCCCCGAGACACAGGCCCGUAUCUUGGCGGGCAGUAUUGGCUGGACGGGGUUCAACUACACGCCGGGUGAUCAGUACCAAUAUGUGCGGUAUACAACCGACUCGUGGUGGAGCCCGAAUUCGCCUUCGGAUGCGGACAGGGUGGGCAAGAACAUUAUGGAAUACAGUAUUGGGGCGGUGGCGGCGUUCGACUACAAUGGGCCUCGCAGUAAUGUGUCUGGCUGGUAUCCGGUUCCGGCACAGAAUGUCGAUAUCCAAUGGCGAUGGUCGGCUGCAAUCCUCGGAGUGGUCCCAUUCAUCCAUCUGAUGGUCCUCGUCUGUGUGAUACUCUGGGGCAACUCGUCCAUUAUUCGUGAUGCGAGUUGUCUCAGCACCGCCAAGCUCCUCGGUCCCAUUGUGGCCAAGCUUGGGGAGAAUGGCUGUCUACUGACUGGUGAAGAGAUUGCCCAAGAGCUGUCAGAAGUUCGGAUCAAAUAUGGUUGGAAAGAGCCCGACAAUGGGCUAGUGUUUCGCAAUGAGAUUGACCCUACUGUUGUUCGCCACGUGGGAAUUUUGGAGGAAUUCGAAGGUUAUGGCUCUCAGGGCUCCAUGCCACCAGGUCGGUACGAUGGUUCGGGUAUCGAGGAAGAGAGAAAAAAUAUUGAUAUCCACGAUGAAGAUGGGAGCAGUUCGUCUUCCGUCGCAUGUAACUCUACUGUCAUUCACCGCCGUAAAACGAGACGGUCCGUGAGCAUAUGAUAGCGCCUGUAUGUCAAAUAGAAAAAUUGACUUUUGACUAUCCA